ACAGUACUUUUUUUUAUACAUACAUAUAGUGUAAAAGUCAAUUGUAAUUAAAAAAAAAUUAAAUAAAAAUUAUUUAAAUAACUAAAUCAAUCAAUCAAUUGGUGAUUGCAUUUGAAGAAAAAAAAGUGUUGAUUAUCACGGGUUGAUCCCAACAAUUGUGGACCAAUUGAUAGACGACUACUGGGAUUAAAAUAAAAACAUAUCGCGCGGCGUCCCUGAGAUUUACCACCACUUGUUUUACUAUACAAACUAUCUAUAGAUAGAUAGAUAGGCCAGUCCUAGACACACACACACACCCGACAGUGGUCAUCGGUAUAUCAGGACUUAACUGUCCCGACACACAAGUUGGUGGUCAUCAUCAACAACAACAAUGACUUCGAGGAAUGGCUUUAAGCGCAAAGUCUGCUACUAUUAUGACGCCGAAAUCGGUAACUUCUACUACGGCAAGAAACACCCGAUGAAACCGCAUCGGAUACGUAUGACCCACGAACUGGUACUUAUGUACGGCUUGUAUCGCAAAAUGGAAGUCUAUAGACCACACAAAGCCAAUGAAGAAGAGAUGUCACGCUUUCAUUCAUCUGAAUAUAUCCGUACACUUCGUAGUCUAGAACCGGAUAAUAUGCAUAACUUCGGACCUCAAAUCAAUUCAUUCUUGGCCGGCGAAGACUGUCCAAUAUUUAACGGUAUGUACGAGUUUUGCCAGAUAUCGGCUGGCGGUUCCAUUUCGGGUGCCAUCAAACUGAAUAAAAAGGCUACCGAUAUUGCCAUCAAUUGGGCCGGCGGUCUACAUCACGCCAAAAAAGCCGAGGCCAGCGGCUUUUGCUAUGUCAACGAUAUUGUAUUAGGCAUUAUCGAGUUACUUAAAUAUCACCAGCGAGUCCUCUACAUUGAUAUAGAUGUCCAUCACGGCGAUGGUGUCGAGGAAGCGUUUUACAUUACCGACCGAGUUAUGACCGUUUCGUUUCAUAAAUUCGGUAAAAACUUUUUCCCCGAAACUGGUGACCUGAAAGAUAUUGGCGCCGAACGGGGCAAACACUAUGCGAUUAAUGUACCGCUCAAUGACGGCAUCGAUGAUCUAUCAUUUGAAAGUAUCUUUCAACCGGUCGUUUCGAAAGUAAUCGAAACCUAUAGGCCAAACGUAAUUGUACUGCAAUGCGGUGCCGACUCCCUGACCGGCGAUCGUUUAGGUGUUUUCAAUUUGACACUCAAAGGUCACGGCAAGUGCCUGGAGUUUGUCAAAGGUUUCGACAUACCGUUGCUGAUAUUGGGCGGCGGCGGCUAUACUAAGAAAAAUGUGGCCCGUUGUUGGACAUACGAGACGGCCAUUGCACUCAAUACCGAUUUACCUAACGAUUUGCCACAAAACGACUACUUUGAGUAUUACGCGCCUGACUUUAAACUACAUAUAAGUCCGUCCAAUGCAUUCAAUCAGAAUCCAUAUCAGAAUUUAGAAAAAAUUAAAGCGACAAUCUUUGAAAAUCUACGAUCAAUACCUCACGCGCCGUCCGUCCAGAUGCGAGACAUUCCCAACAAUUUUACGCUCAUUAAACACGACAACGACGACGACAGCGAUAUAGACAUGGAUGACGACGAUGGCGGUGAUGAUCCAGAAGUUAGGAUCAGUCAACAGAGAUCUGAUCGACAUAUACUGCCCGAUAAUGAACUAUCGGAUAGUGAAGAUGAAGGCGACGGUAGACGAGAUGAUAGCUGUCAUCUGAUCAGUCAACCGACUCAACCAAAGAAGCCAAAAGUCGAACAGCAGCCAAUGGUUGUGGUGGCCACCAAUGCCGGCGCCGCCACCGCUGCCGAUGACUUAUCUCAGUCUCCAUCAUCUACUACUACAACUAAUCCACUAUCAUCUGCUUUAAUGCACACAACGACUUCAUCGUCGUCGUCAUCGUCAUCAUCAACGACAUCCUCCUCUACCACCACUACCACUACUAACGGUUUAGCCGUUAAUCUAACCUCACCGGAGGCGGCGACCAACGUUUGAUUAUUAUUAUUAUUAUUAUU